UUAGCUGUAUUAUCGUCCUUUCGCGUUAAAUGGUCACUUGAAUGAAGAAACCAAACACUCUUUCCACUUCAAGCCGUGGACGCAGUGAAACAAGAUGGAACUCUCAAAGUUUGAGGAACAGAUUAGCAGAUUGCGUGCCGGUCUCGAGCAACCUGACUGGGCCUCAUUCCAGAAGACACUCGCGCAAAUGCAACGACUCGCGGAUAAUUUCAAGGGCCACGCGAAUGAAUACAUCUGCAUCGCGCAUCUCUCCAAAGAUCUGAUCGAUUGGUUGAUCCGCCAACAGCCAGCGAACGCCGUGGAAUCGAGCGCCUGGAAGGCUGCCUUUAAGCUGACCGAGAGUUUUCUCGAAACCACUUCCCAAGCAGCGCCAGCCCAUGUUCGUGUUUACUGUGUUACGACGCUGUACAACGGGAUUAUCAAGCUGAACGGCAAGCAUGGCGCGCAAAUACUCCUCAUAACGGCGAUGGCACGGUUCGAGAUAACGGACAAGGAGGUGACACUAUUCCAACGAGCCAAGCACCUUGCACUUAAGACUCUGUCCGCUCUGAAAGAGCUAACCGAUGGUGCACCGUACGGUGCCGCCGCCUGCGAUGCUGUGAUUGAGCUGCAGCGCAAACUUCUAAUCCAGGCAGCCGGCACUCCAACGGCGAUGGUGCGGACGGCCGUCUUGGACUCCUUCCGUGAAGUGUUCGGUACCAGUAUGGUCAUUCUGCAGCGCCUCUUCGCCUACGAUCGCACCAAAGCGGACCUGUUGUUUCGUACCGUGAUGGAGACGAUGAGCACAGUGGUUCGGCUCGAUAAACCGGAGCUGGUGGCCCUGUUCGAGGAUGGGUUGAAGUUCGUUGAGACGAUACUAGCUUUCCGUGAAAGCGCCCCAGAGUAUCUGAAGUAUGGCGACUUUUUCAAUCUUUUCCGGGCAUUAAAGGAGGAACCGUACGCCAGCAUUUGCCAAAUGGUGCAGCAAUCGGUGGAGCUGGCACGCAGCAGGCGCCCAACGGUGCAACAGUACGAGAGGCUUACUGCCAAUGCUGGCACCUUGUAUACUAUCGCUCCCUCCGAGUCGGUCGUGAUCAAGGCGAUCAUUCUCACUGUAACAAACAGCUUUUCGCAUCUGAGCAACAUGGCAGCUGAGCUGGUGGCCGAUCCGAAGCUAGCCGGGGCUAUGAUCGAACUAGUCGAAAAGUUGUUGCCCUUCGUACGACACUGCCCUUCCCGGCAGGAGCAACAAUCGCUGUGCCGUAACUGCUCUCAAACCCGGCGUCAUCUGGCCGAUCGGCUGCUAACUAUGUUGAUCAUUAUCAGCAACAAUCAGAUGAAGGGAACGGUCUCGGAUCGUGCACGGGCACCGGUACAGCAGACCAUCGCUACCAGCUACACCAUUGCUCGGGUGUGCAAAGUGUUUCACCAAAAAGUAACACUCCUGAAGGAACUGGACUGUGAGCGCAAGCAGUCACUGCUACACUCGACCGCACGCCAAGUGACGAUGUUUGUGAAGCACGCAAUACAAAAUUUACGGCCGGUCGGAACAGAAACCAACGAUGAUGGCUACGAAAGCGAGAGAAAGGAAUUGAUCACACUAACGAAAUGUCUGAUCGAGCUGAACUACGGUGAACGGUUUGAUUUUCUCUCCGAGAUGACACUGCUUCGAUUGCUAGAGAACUGUAUGCCCACUAAUUCGGCUUGGGUCUCGUCUAACCUAAGCAUCCAGCUGCUAAAGUUGCUGCUCACCAUACGAGAUAAAAGGUCGGAAAUGGCCACCCAGGGCGAGCGGGAUAACGCCGGCGUCGAAGCGAUUAACGGCGUGCUGCGAUCGAUCGUCUUCUAUCAAUCAAAAGCCUUAACCGAUGAUCCGGUACGAUCGCUCACCGUAGUCCAAAUGUAUACGCAGGAGUGGUACGAUCGGUUCGGAUUCACCUUUACCAGUGUACCCACGUCCGAUGAAAAGCUAACAAUCAUCGCACAGGAAAUGGCGUUAGUGGCCAAGUACAAAACAACGCACACGCUGAGCAACUACUUUCAGCAGCUGAGCCAGCUGGGCAAUGUGCGUCAGCAUUGCCUCACCUUCGGUAUGGCGCUCUACUCGCUCGGGGAACAGGAAUGGGAGAAGCUACCAGCGUGCCAAAUCAGCGAGCUAUGGGCUGGUUUGCAAAGCUACACCCCUAGCACGGUUUCGGAACGGAUCAAGCAGGCGGCAUCGCUUGCCGUCAUAGGCUAUCACCGGUUUUGGGACCUUACCAACACCUCUAAGAACCGGCUGCGCGACAUACCGCUGGAGCGAGAACAUCUGCGUAACGGACAGCUGGACGAACGGUUACUGCUCGGGAACCAGAUGGAUUGUGAGGCGAAGAUACUGGAACAAGUGGAUACGAUCCGGGACCACUACGUCCGGAUGGUGCGGCUAAUGUGUGACGAAGGGUUCCGGCCACCGAUCCUUGCGUUGCUUCCUUCCCUCAUGUACGUCACGUCCUUACUGGACGGUGUGGCUCGAUACUGUCAGGUGAACUACUAUCCCCAUCGGGCAGUCGAACUGCAGCUGCUGGGUUUGCUACUGAUUAGCCAGCGCCGAGCUGAACGACCGUACGAUCAAUGCGCCGCACUAGGGUUCCUGCUCGAGCAGCACCACGUGACAGUGGAGUGUUUACCGGCGUUUCUCGGCGACUCUGGCGACCAGUGGCCACCGCACGCUGGUGGAGACCUCUUGACGCUACCAGCCUUGGCACAACGUGCGACGGAGUUACUAAAACGCUGUUGCCACGACUCGCUGGCCACGGUUGUACCGGAAUCGCGUCGCUUUCCAUUCCUUAACCUAUACCUAUCGUUGGCCGUCUAUACGGGCUCAAACAGUAGCAGCGCCGGACAUGAGGAUGCACUGGAACUGAUCCGGAGUGCACUUGCACUGGCGGACAAGUGGGUCACUCAUGGGGAGCUAUCCGAUGGUAAUCACCAGCUGGUAAAGGGUCGAACGGCACAGAUACUGUUUCGGUUAGCGACGGAAUCGGGCCUACCGUUUCCCCCGUCCGCACCACCGGUGGCAUUUGUGAAGCUGAUGCUUGCCCAUUUCAACGAUCUGCAGAAGGUGUGCCGGGAGCAGUUGCUCAUACUUUCGCUCGCUGCCGUUGAGACAUCGGUGGCCGUCCUACAGUAUCUGCUGCUCCGGUACGACAUUGGAUCCUACAUCGAGGCAUUCAUCGAGCAGGUGCUCAAGUUUGCCAUCAAACGUGGUGCCGGUUUGCGGGUGCACCAGCUUCUACUGCUCUACGGCAAUAUUAAUGCCGAUAUGCAAAAGCUAGACCGCUGUGAGGUGGCGCUACGGUUACUGAAUCGUUUUCUAAUGCUUCACACGAUCGGAUCGGUGGAUGGGUAUCGGAUCAAAUCGAUCCCAUGGCAGGUGGCAACUGGUUUGGGAGCAGAGCCUAGUGGUAAAUGUGAUCAACCAUCGGUUGUAUCUGUAUUUGGAGCCGCUGAAAACGAAGUCGAUGGAGUGCGAAAGAUCGCGAAAACACAUGAAACUGAAAGCAGCAUGCUACCUCUUGUCGGAAGUCGUAGACAACCGUUUGUCGGUGUCUCUCUGGAAGAUGUUGACGAACCUUCGGCAGGACAACAGCAAAGUGGCGAAUUGUCGAUUGAAAAGUAUCUUAUGUUUGACCAUCAGGCUACAUGUGGCUGUCCGUACUGUAAGUCAACGUUGCACAAAUGGAUGGCCUUCCGUACGGCGGCACUCGUUACUCGAUGCGCGGUGCUAAAUGGGCAGCAACCGGUAACACAGAUCGGCCACUACUACCAAACCAUCACCGAUCACUGGCUAAAGGUGAUGGAACCGUUGGUACAACAGGCACUGGCGCAAGAUGUGACUAUCGUACCCAGCUCUCCCAAGGAAUCGUGGUGUGCGGCCGGAUAUCGCACGGAACUGGCGAAUGACAUCAUGCGUACGAUGCUCCAUCGGGCACUGUUUGAAGAGCGACAAGGCAACUGGGCAGCCGCGGUACCGGUUUACGAACGAGCCGUUUCCCUGUGGACCGGCAUACCAUGCUUGCCGGUUGACGAGGCGCUGCUACAGGAUCUUCGGUUCAAUCAACAUCUAGCACAAUCGAUGCUCGACGGCUGGCGAACUGAGAAAGCGACCAGAAAACGAUCUUCCGCUGAGCCGAAGAUGAGCUACGGCGAUUUUAUGGCCCCACGCAAAGCAUCCAGUUCUUCCGCAGAUGUACGUAACUUGGGCGCGGAGUUUGAUAAGCUGCAGUUGCGCACACCCGUUAGCAAGCUGCAUUCGGUGGCAUCCCGUGGCCUACCGAAGACGGUGGAUCGUGUGAAUGAGCUGCUUCGGCAGGCUGCUUCCCGUCGGCAUCAGCAGAGACAUGGUGUAAUGGAAGAUCGGAUCGUCGCUCCAGUAACUACGGCUUCCGCUCGAAAACCAAAGACGGUCAACAUAUUUGUCGAUUCACCGCCACAAGCGCCAGCAACGGAACGGCGAGCCAAUCGACGAGAGAAGAGAACCCGGGUGAAGAGCAGCACCGUUUCCCCCGUUGAUCAGCCAACCACAUUGUCCUCUGGAGCAGCAACAACAACCACAACCUCAGCAAAAAGCACGAAAGAAGAGGACGUGGAAAUGGUCAGUGGUUUGGCUAAAUCUGCGGUCCCCAUGUCAUGUACUGUGGCCAAUACGAAAUUACCUAACUCGGGAACCAAAUCAAACCGCCAUCCGGGCGAUUACCCGUCACUUGAAGAAGGUGCCAGCGCUCCAGGAACUCCAGUGAAGACAAAAGCAGCGUCACCCAUCAACUCCACCGUUGGCAGCCCUUCACUGAAUAGCUCGUUUCGAGAUGUGCUUGUUCUGGGAAGGAAGAGGACCGUGGAAGCUGCCGGAUCGAAACGAGAAGAUCACGAUAGUUCGAGCGUCAUUGUUUUGCUGGAUGAUUCGGAGGAGAGCGCCCACGAUGUGGUAGAGGCAAGCUUCGUCGAUUCCCGGUCGACACCGUCCGUCUCUAACUCAGCACUGGCCCUGAAAUCGUACUCCGCCCGAAGAAAUGAGUCCCAAGGUGGUACACCCCUCACGUCGGCCAGGAGACGCGCAGAUCCUCAAGGCUCCUCGACAUCAUCGUCCUCAGCCGUCAAGCGAAAACCGGCAAUGGGAAUGAGCAAAGUUCGGCUUCAAUUCGAUACAUCCAGUCCACAGCGCGAGCGCUCGAAUUUGAAGAAAACGAAAACAUCAUCUACCUCCAACUCCAGCAAUGCGCCGCCCAGUACGAUCCCGGCAACUGAACAGAGAACCACCAGCAGACGCCGCGCCGGUGUAGCUAGAGUGCCAGCUCCUGCAGCACGGCUGGCCACCACAGCGGUUGCCAUGGCUCCGGUGGAGGUGAUCGUACUGGAUGACUCGGUAAAAGAGAGUACCGGUGUACCGCCGGAAGAGAAUAUUGCCAAGCGUACAAGGCAGCGCAGAAAACGAAUUAAUUUGUGAGAAUUUGCAGACAAAGGAUGGUUCGAUGGGUAGAGCAGUAUAUGAAGGUAGAGAUGUUGUUUUUAUUUUUGGUGAUAGCUUAUUUGUGCACGAAAAGGUAGAGAAUUUGUUUCAAGAAUAAAAGACUGAA